GACGGUUACCAACAGCUUGUUAGUGGCUUUGUUGGUCAGUACUUUUAACUAAUGUGUUUUGUGCGACCAUAGAAAAUCUCAAGUACUCAUAGAAGCUCAGACUCACAUGCACCGGCUCCCUCAUAUGAUCUACUUAAAGUGUGCACUGCAAGAAAAAAUUGUAUUUAAAAGGUCGACUAAUAUGGAUAUUGAACUGCUACUAACUAAAAUAACUAAAUCUGAAACUAUUUACCUUCCGAAUUUUUCACCUAAUACUUAAAGCUAUGCUUGACGCUUAACUAGAACUCCUUAAAUAGUUACCCCUUAUUUUUUUGAGUGCUGAACCGCAAAGGGUGUUGGUGUGAAAAAGGGGAGCUUGUAUAGCCAGUCUGGGACUCCUUCAGUUUCGGCUCCUGACUGCAUAAAAUAACCGCAUAAAAUGUCGUUAAGUAUAACGAAAUUGAGUCUGCACAUAAAUUCAGAUUAUGAGAUUAAAAUGUUGUGAUUUUCGCACAUAGAAACGAGGUUUGGGUUGGCCAGAAAACCUUUUUUCUCGAUGAUGAAACCCAAAAAAUGAGCUCUCAAAUAUUUUGGGUGGAAAAUGCGAUGGAAUAAGCAGUGGCUGCCCCAUCAAAGUGGCAACAACAUCAACAGCAGGCAAGUCAAUGUAAUGAGUUUUUAUCGCCCUUUUGGCCCGAAGCAUAAAUUUAUGAAAAAACAACAUUGCGGAGGCACAGUGGAAUGAAUCGGAUGCAAACAGAUAUCAAAUGUGGCAGGCUACUCUGGUUUGAAGAACUUAUAGAAUUUGCUUAAGCCACUUAAAAAUGUUUAAUAUAUAUAGCAUGGAUUAAGUGGACUAUAUUUACAAGCAUUUCGUUCAAACAAAAUGCAUUCCGUUCCACUGUCCAUCUGAUGAAUAAUAAAGAAGUUGCGGUUCUGGCCGGCGAUCAAAGUCAAAUAUUUGGCUUGGAUGUUUACAAAUUGGGUCAGCUGGUCAUUUGGCCUGGCCUCCAGCCGAACUACAGCUCCUCUUCGAAUGUCUGGUUUUCACCCCCUUCGCUGUGAAUUUUCCAGAAAAUAAAGGCCGUGGAUCUCAGCUGUCGCUUCAUUAUGACGCUAAUUGCCAGGACAUGCCGGCCAAAGGAUUAGCAACACGUAAACCAAACACAAGCACAGCAUUCGAUGAGACCGCAAAAACCAGGACGAGCUAGAGCAUGAGAGAACUCCAUGGAAGAGGCGCUCGACUCAUAAACAUUUUAGUUUGACUUAAUCCGGUUAUAUAUCCGGAUUAGCGACCAUGAGUCCAACGAAGGUGUAUUUUUUCGCUACUCCCGAGAACUUUACGACACUUUUUAGGUAAUGAAUGGGAUUACAUUUUUUUAAUCCACCACCACCCGCUGGCUGUAAAAAAAUUAGUGCCGAAAAAAAACAGUGCAUUCAGGUCAGUUUUCGUUCUGGGAAACCGAUUGACCUGCGGCCGUGGGUCUUAUGAAUGGGCAGGUCAGGAAAAAAGAUUGCAUAUAAAAUAAGCCGGCCACUCUGAUGCAACCAGCAAACGGAGUCAAGCAACCACACGGUCAAGAUGUGUCUCAUAGAGCAAAACAAGGAAGUUAGGGAUAACUGCAAGGAGAAUCCUACCCAGAACUCGGUGGAUUCAUCACCAAAGUCACCCACCGCCGCAUACGCAAUGUUUUUGCACCGCGAAGAGCUGAGGAGAAGAAAACUCCAUGUCUCUCGGGUUUCAGUCACCAAAAUUCACCUGACCAGCGAGCUGAUAGCUCAAACCAAGCAAAAUAUACGGCAAUGCAGCUUCGAGGAUCUGGAGAUUCUGGCCAGGGAGACGCUCUUCAAGAAGAAUCUGCAAAGAAAUCUUUACUAUCGACGCAUGCACAUCCAUCAACUGAUGUUAAGCAAGAAGAAACAGCAGGCCAAGGACCAAAAGUGAAAUUAUUAACAAUGUUAUUUAGUAUAAGAACAGCAAAAGUGAUUUUUACAUUUAUAAAUAUUAUUAAGACAAUAAAACACUUUGAAAAUUGCAAAAGCUUUAAUUGAGGAUAAAUGGAGCAAAGUGAAAACAUAUUCCUUCUAAGAAACAUCCUUUGAAUUCAUAAAUAUACCGCUUUCCACUUUAAGUAAACGAACUUACCCAUUUACAAUAAAGAAUAUCUGAGAUCCACUCGAAAAGAUAGAGUUUACCCAAGCUAAAACUUAAAUUAAACUUCAGUCAUUUGUGAAAGCCAAAGUGACGGGGCAAAUGCGCCUCACAUUCACAUCUUAUCUUUGCCCCGGCAAAAGUGCAAUUUCCCAUUUAAAUAUUUGAUUAUGUAUACGUAUUCGCCCAGUCGUAAUUGUCAGAGAGCAAAGUGUCGGCGUCGACCUGCACUUGUAAUGGGUGUAAAAACAAAUUUGCACAUGAUUACCAAAAAACCCGGUCGGCGAAACUGCGAACAUUUAAUACAACUCAAACAAAAUGGGGCGUUGCAUAAAUUUGAACAGGCCAAAGGGGUUGUAGAAAAAUGCUUGCCUUUUUAGACUACAUAAAUUUUAAUUAAAUGUCACUCAUACGCCAUGUACGCCAAGCACAAUGUGUGUGUGCGUGUGUGCGUGCAACGGAGUGCUGUUUGCUGCGAUGGUGUGAGUGCUGUGUCUGUGAGUGGUGCGACAAAUGAAUGCACAUGAAAGUGGCGCACGAAUUACACUUUAUUGAACAGCAGGAGCCAGGACGAAGGGGGGUACACAGGACGAAGAACGAAGGACAAUGGCGACGAGAGUGGAGCUCAUCUAAAGGGAAGCGUAAAACAAAGCAGGACACCAAGGAGUCCGAAGGGUUUUCGCCCCUCCGCAGCUGUGCGUUUUUCGCAAUUUUCCACAAAUUUAUUUUAUGGCUGCUGCCAAAUAGUUGCACAAAAAUAAACUCUUUUUUAAGUUCCUUAUUAUAUAGGUAUCAACAUUUUUUGACGCGUUAAAUUUGAAUUUAGAAAUUUAUUGUAAAAAUAUUUUCAAAGUAAUAAUAGCUUCGAUAUUAUAAGCUCUGGGAAAACAAUUUCGAGAGCUUAACACAUUUAUAAGUACAUACGUUUUGAUUAUGCAAUUAAACAUGAAUUUAAAUAAUUUCUUAGAAUUCAGAAAAA